CGCCCAAACGAGUCUGGCAGGAGCUUUCGGAUCAAAAUGGCGGCCGCAAUAGCGGCCGGAGCGGACCGAGGAGGGGGCGGCAGGAGUCGCUGAGUCGGGCCGGCGCUGGAUGCCCAGCCGGGAGUAAUGGAGUCUCCGGGCGGAGGCUGAAAAGAAACUCGAAAUGAAGGCGGAGAACCUACUUGAACACUGUCUGAAGUUUUAUAAUGGAUUAUGGGACUGUGCGCUGAUGAGCCAGCAAGUGGAAUGCCUGAGUGACUGAAGAAAAUGGGUGCUAAUGCUUCGAACUACCCUCAUUCGUGUUCCCCAAGGGUAGGGGGAAAUUCUCAGGCACAGCAGACAUUCAUAGGAACAUCGUCCUAUUCUCAUCAAGGCUAUGGCUGUGAAUCCAAACUGUACAGCCUUGAUCAUGGCCAGGAGAAACCUCAAGACAAGAAGAAGAAAAGCUCUGGCCUGGCCACCCUCAAAAAGAAGUUUAUUAAGCGCCGAAAGUCUAGCCGGUCUGCUGAUCACGCCAAGCAGAUGCGCGAGCUCCUCUCAGGCUGGGAUGUUAGAGAUGUCAACGCAUUAGUGGAAGAGUAUGAAGGAACGUCAGCCUUAAAAGAACUUUCUCUACAAGCUAGCUUGGCAAGACCAGAAGCCAGAACGUUACAGAAAGACAUGGCUGAAUUAUAUGAGUUUAAAUACUGUACGGAUGUAGAUCUUAUAUUUCAAGACACUUGUUUCCCUGUGCACAGAGCUAUUUUGGCUGCGAGGUGUCCCUUUUUUAAGACUCUGCUUUCUUCUUCACCAGAGUACGGUGCAGAGAUUAUAAUGGAUAUCAACACCGCUGGCAUAGACUUGCCCAUGUUCUCUGCUUUGCUACACUACCUGUACACAGGAGAGUUCGGAAUGGAGGAUUCACGAUUUCAAAAUGUUGACAUCCUCAUGCAGCUUAGCGAGGAAUUUGGAACACCAAAUUCUUUAGAUGUUGACAUGCGGGGGCUCUUGGACUACAUGUGUUACUACGACGUGGUUCUCAGUUUUUCAUCUGACUCUGAACUGGUCGAGGCUUAUGGUGGGAGUCAGAGCUGCCUAGAUGAGGAUCUCAGAGCGCACAAAGCUAUAAUUUCAUCACGGUCCCCCUUCUUUCGACAUCUGCUGCAGCGCAGAAUACGGACGGGUGAAGAAAUCACAGAUCGAACACUAAGAACUCCAACUAGGAUUAUACUGGACGAAUCGAUCAUACCAAAAAAAUAUGUGAGAGUAAUUUUGAACUGUAUGUAUACUGACGUGGUGGACCUCUCUAUUUUGCACAGUAGUCCUUCCGUGGGGAGUCUAAGCGAAGUUCAGGCUCUUGUAGCAGGAAAGCCAAACAUGACGAGGGCUGAAGAAGCUAUGGAACUUUACCACAUAGCGCUCUUCUUGGAGUUUAACAUGCUUGCACAAGGUUGUGAGGAUAUUAUUGCUGAGAGCAUCUCUCUAGACACCUUAAUUGCCAUCCUUAAGUGGAGUUCUCAGCCAUACGGCUCCAAGUGGGUACACCGCCAAGCGCUCCAUUUCCUCUGUGAGGAGUUUACCCAGGUCAUGACCUCAGACGUCUUUUAUGAGCUCUGCAAAGAUCACCUUCAAACGGCUAUCCAGUCUGAUUACUUACAGGCAAGUGAGCAAGAUGUCCUGAAGUACCUUAUUAAAUGGGGAGAGCAUCAGUUGAUGAAAAGAAUAGCAGACAGAGAGCCUAACUUGCUGAGCGGCACAGCUCACAGUGUGAACAAGCGAGGUGUAAAGAGGCGAGAUCUUGAUAUCGAAGAGCUCAAAGAGAUUCUGUCUCCUCUUCUGCCCUUUGUCCGCAUUGAACAUAUUUUGCCCAUGAACAGCGAAGUCCUCACUGAUUCCAUGAAGAGAGGCCUCAUCAGCACUCCCCCUUCGGACAUGCUGCCCACAGCAGAGGGUGGCAAGUCGAACGCGUGGCUGCGGCAAAAGAAUACAGGGAUUUACGUGAGGCCAAGGCUGUUCUCGCCCUACGUGGAGGAAGCCAAGUCGGUUCUAGAUGAGAUGAUGGUGGAACAGACAGACCUGGUUCGUUUACGGAUGGUUAGGAUGUCCAAUGUUCCAGACACCCUCUACAUGGUAAACAAUGCUGUUCCGCAGUGUUGUCAUAUGAUAAGUCACCAGCAAAUAAGCAGUAACCAAUCCAGCCCGCCUUCAGUUGUAGCCAAUGAAAUCCCAGUUCCUCGUCUCUUGGUUGUUAAAGAAAUGGUCAAACGACUGCAGGAGCUCCGCCACACAGAGCAGGUGCAGAGGGCUUACGCUCUUAACUGCGGAGAAGGAGCCACUGUCAGUUACGAGAUCCAGAUCCGGGUGUUGAGAGAGUUUGGGCUUCAUGAUUCCGCUGCAGAGCUCUUGCAGAAUCCUCACAAGUUCUUCCCCGAGGAGCAUUUCGGUGACGAAAGCCCCCUGUUGACCCUGAGGCAGUCAGGGGGGCGAUGCCGGGUGAACAGCACGCCCACUGCAGAAACCUUGUUUACAGAACUCGACUCUUUUGUGGCCUUCCAUCCCCCACUGCCCCCUCCCCCACCACCUUACCAUCCACCAGCUACUCCGAUUCACAGCCAGUUCAAAGUCGGCUGGAAGCAAAGGGCCCAGAGCCAGCAGCACCCCUCGCGGUCCUUCUCGUACCCCUGCAACCAUUCCUUGUUCCACUCCAGGACAGCACCAAAAGUGGCCCCGCCCAUCUACUUGUCCGGGGUCAAAGCCACACCUCCCGAUUGCACUAACACAACAGGACUGGGAAGACAAACUGUGGCAGCGGCGGCAGCUGUGAUGGCAGCUGAAAAGCAAGUGGGUACACAACCUGUGCUCAAUGAACUGAUGCCAGAUAUUGCAAUGGGCGUGUCGACGAUGUCUCUCAAGGACAGGAGGCUGCCGGAGCUCACUGUUGACACAGAACUAAGCCAGCCUGUUUUGGAGAUUGGACCAGGACCAUCCCAGCACAUCUCCUGCAUCCAGACAAGGCACACGCACAGUUCCCGGAAGAAGCAUUCCAUCGAGCAGAAGCUGGAUGCCAGAGAGAAUCCACAGGAAUAUCCAGAUUUCUAUGAUUUCUCCAAUGCUGCAGGCAGACCUUCCACUCCAGUGCCUGGCAGGCAUACCCCUUCACCUUCCCAAGGUGUCUAUUUUGGCCCAGAUUUGUACAGUCACAACAAAGUAUUGCCCAGUGGCUUAAAGCCCGCCCACCUGGCUAACCAUCUCUCCCCGAAAAAGCUCGAGGAUCCUAGGAGAGAGUACAUGCUUUCUCAAGAAGGGCAUCCCCACAGACAAAAGAACGAACCGAUACACCUCGAUGUCUUAGAGCAGCCACCCCAGAGGUUGGAUUUGGCGUUGGCUGCCCAAGAGAACACUGGGAAUGGCCCAGCUCAUGCGAGGGGACGAACAAAAAUGGAAACAGACUUGACCUAUGGGCUGACUGCUAGCCGGCCUUCUCUGCCGGCAUACAAUUUGGAGAGCCACGAAGAACAGUCCAGCUGCAGGUUGGCAGAGACGGAGCCUCUCGAGCACGAAGCACAGAGAAAUGCAGAUUUGGAAAGAGAAGAGGUGGUAAGCAGAGGGAGGCGGUCCCCAAGCAAACCAGACUUCAUGUACAAAAAGUCUGCCCUCUGAAAACCACCUCCGAUUCUUCUCUGUGCCUAAGAAUUGCGACCUUCCCAGUCCUUUUGCCUGACCUUGUCAAGCAAGUUCAUAAUGCCAGCCUCUAAAAGCAGUUGUUUUUUCCUUUCCCCUUUGCCCCCCCUCCUUUGUAUAUACAUCGCUUCCUUAGAAAUGGCAUGCUAUCAGUUUAUUUGGAAUGCUGCUUCAAAGUUUGUGUGUUGGAACAAAUUUUGUUAAGCUUUUAAAAAAAUAUUUUAGCUGGUACCUUUUUUUAAAAAAGAAGGGGGGAAUAGCUGUUUGCACCUGUACAUUAAUUUUGUUUGGUUUUUGUACUAGUAUGUUAAAACUUUUGACUCAUUCUAAAGGACUCUAUGUUCACAAUCUUCCCACUUUUUAUAAUGUCUUUCAGCUCCCCGUUUUCUGUGUGCAUUACAUUGCGCACUGUGAAAUGUAUUUUCUAAUAAGGUGGUGAGAAUGUCUGUCUUCAUUUUUGAAUGACUAUAGGAAUUCCAAAGAACAGCACAUCUAAGUAACUUACUCUGGUUAGGUCUGAAACCUUCUUGGUUUGCCACUCAUGCAAGAAUCCAGCCUAAUAUUUCUCUUUUGUUUACCAAGUCCAUGGCAGCUGGCCUUCCGGUCUUGAUGUAGCAAGCCCUCAACUAACUCAUGCUUAUGGCUGGAAUUUUCUGUGGAAAGCAAGGAAGUACAGCUCCCCUUUCUUAUGAGGGGGAGGGAAACCUCAAGAAGCACUUAGUAACUUCCUGUGGUUUAUUAAACCACAAUAAAAAUGGUUAGAAUAUAUUAAGAAUGGUUCGAGUCCUGCAGUUUGACAAUAUUUCUCAAGUUUUUCUUUUCUUUUUGGCAAAGAUAUGCAGAGAUGGGAAGGUUUCAUAGCAAGUGCAGAAAGGUGGGAAGGUACAGCUUAACAUCUGACAUAGGUGUUAAUUGCUUUGUCUCAUCAGAGGGCUGCCUCUCUAAAUAGAGGCACUAAAAAGAAACGCUCGCUGCCUUCUUCGCUCUGCCUCUACUUAAGAAACCAAGGGCUUUCGGUCUUCAGUGGUGUUGUUUGGCACUCUUUCACACAACCGCUUGGCUUUGUGGAUCAGAAUCAGAUCAAAGAGCCAGCUGUUCUAGCCUCACGAGCUAUAAGCAGUUUUAGCACUUAAAACUCUUUGUUCUCAGCCUCCUGAAUGUGUGUUUGUUUGUUUUUCUGCUUAAGGCCCUGGGGACUCUUCUGAUUUUGUGGACAUAAAGUGAAGUCCUGGGGCUGAUAGGUAGAGAUGUCCAUUGACACCAGCGAUGGCCAUCCUCUCAGAAGAAAAGGCUCACAUACCACUACUUGGUAACAGUUAACAGAGGCCUGACUUGAUACCUUCUAGUAAAGCUCUUCCAUCACCUGUAGACCUCAGUCAGAAUAUAACUAAAGGCUAAUUGUCACCUUAAACCGGACUCUGUUUUUAAAUACUUGACACAAUUUAAAUGUAAAUUUUGUUUCACUGUCGAUUCACGAACAGCUUUGUUGUGGGCUCUGGGGAAAAAAGAGCUGCAGCUUCCACCAUUUUGUCUUCUCUUCCUGGCUUCUUCAAGUUGUGGAGGAAGGAACAUUUUUGUUGUCAUUAAAACAGAAACAUUAUUUGUGAUUUUGUUCAUGUAGGGGGAAGAGGGAGACUCAUCUUGGCCAAAAUUUUUGCGUUGCAUGGCACUGUCAUUCCAGAGAGUAAAGCCUCUCACACCAUGCCUUUCGAGAACAUUCAUUCAUGUGUUCAGCAGGUGGAUUGAACAGUACAGCACAAUUGCUGUUUUGGUGUGUUAGAUUUGUAUGCAAGUCACUACCAUUUUCUCCACCAGAUAAGUUUUUGUAGCCUUGCUGGCAAGGUGUAUCUUUAAGCCCAUUCAUCAGACCCACUUUUAGUGCAAGGCAAUGGCUGUGUGAACUGGCCUUUUUUUAAAAGGUCUGUUUUGGUCAGAAGAUUAGUAGCUAUUGGAUUAUUUUUAAUCUGUCAUUUAUCCAAAUUUUGUUUUAUCUUUCUUUUGUAGUAUAGAAGUUUAUUAUGAGCAUUAGGUUAGCUUUGAUUGUUAGAGAGCUUGGUCUCUGUCUCUCUACCCCGUGUUUUCUCACAGACAGAAUUUUAACCUACUCACUGAAAAGACUAUUAGAUGUCUGCUGUUUCAUGUAGCCCCUUUCAUACAUCCCUAAACAUAGCCCCUGUCUAACAGGCACGAUAGGUUUGAGGUGCAAGUCUUCAGCAUCUCAGUAGCAGCAAAAUCAUUGGCUGAGAUUAUUGGUGGUGACCAUCGAGUUUACACUUGGUUUUUACUGUGGAAUAAUUUGGGCGAGAAGCUGUUUAAUGGAUGUUGGAGCUCUGAAAGCCAAAUUGCAGAUUUUUAAGCACAUUAUAGGGAGUGCAUUACAGGUGAAACCAAGUCUUGAAUAGGGGUAGGAUUUUGUACGGUAGGGCUCUUAGGACAAUCGGGCCAUUUGUACAAUCUAAACUUGCAUUAACCUGGAAAAGGGGAUGCAGAAGAACUUGCAGGCCUAUUAGAGAAGGUGAGAAACCAGCUUUAAUUCUAUUUUUUUUAACCACUAGGACCGAAGCUUAGAUCAUACGGUUCCUCUUGUGCUUCCCUCUACCCACUGCAGAUGCUUUCCUUUGCAGUGGGGCUUGCUUCCACUGCGAUCAGCACUGCUGUGUGCAUCCUUAAAGAUCAUUGGUCGUGCACACACACAAGUGCUGGCAGGAGAGGAAAUGAGCCGUGCAGCGAAGGAAAGUCCCCACAGAGAAGUGGGAAUACUGCAAUAGGAUCCAAGCCUUCGUGCUUUUCUUCUAAUGUGUUGGUAGCACAUUUAUCCCCAUAAGAUCCUUUCGAUCACUACACUAUGUUCCCUCUUCCCAGUAAAGCCGUAUUUUGAUUAGCUCAGAGAAGGGUUGACAGGGCUUCUGGAUAGCUCUCUCACUGACAUGCUUGCAAAGUCAUACCACAUUCCUAGUGUACUUCCUUACAAAAAGGUAUCUUUACUUUGUCAUAUACUGACAAUUAACUGUAUAUUUGUCAACAAAUAAAAAGGUGUAGCUGAAGUGUUUUUGACGGACUGUAGCCUGAUGGGCACAGCUGUUGCGAAGGGGUUUUGAUUUGACCCAGGAACAAACUGAUCAAACAUGAUUAUUUGUGCCAUAAAGUGGAAUAAUGUUCACCUUCUGCUGGACAGAUGACUUAAUCAGACUCUCUUUAUUUGGUCCAUUUGUGCUCCAAAAAGCAGGGCACAUGGAGGAGCAGCAACCAAAUCCCAACUGCUGAGUGUUGCAGGAAUCAACAGCAGUGCCAUGUGCUUGGCAUUAUCCGUGCACAGAACAGUUUUAGCAGCUUAAAAGAAAUAAUAAUCCUUUGUUUGCAUGAAGCACUUUUGAAUAAAUGGUUGGAAGUUCCAAGUAUUUCGUAACUGUACAGCUGUGGCUUUGAAAGAGAAAAUAAUUGCUUACUGAACAAUUGGUAUACAAUGAAAGUAUGGAAACUAUAUUAUCCUGGCUAAUUUUGCUUCAAGGCUGUGCAGAAUCUUGUCCAAAACUAGUUUGGCAUAUGUACAUCUGGGGGAAAUGUUUCUGUUCUCAUUCAUGACCAGGAUCUAGAGAGCUCUGUCAUGUGGGGGGGCAUGCAAAGCACCUUGUCCACACGUGAGGGGUAUGUUAUAUGAUUACUUCCAGCAGCAUUGAUGGCUGCCACAGCAGGUACUGCUUGGAAGUGGCCCCUCACGUUAGGUCCGGGAGUGGGGAAUGGAGCUGCCAGAACAAAGCCAAAAAGCUUCUGUGCACAUGCAACAUUUUGGAUCCUAGCUAGUGUGUUUACAAUUACAUCUAAGGAGACACUGUUAGAACUAUUUCUUAAUUUUUUCCUCAGCCUUUAAGGUCACAGUAGCUGUCUCAGUAACUGUUCAGUAGGUUUCAGGAUUUACUGCUUGUCUUUGAUCUCCCCCCCCCUAAAAAAAAAUGAAUUGGCCCUCUUCUGUUUUUUGUUCCCUCAUCUUUUAUGUAACUUAUUUUGAAAUGGGCUGCAGGUAGCACUGUUCCAACAACGAUAUGUUUAUAUGGUGAAGGGUUAUGUGUGAAAUGCUGGGUGAAGCUGAAGAAAAACUAAUUUGGUAUUUCUGUGCUUGUAUGUAUUCCUGGAAGGUGUUAAGUGUCCAUGAUGUUACAUUGUUCUUGUGCUGUUACUGGUGUAAAGUCAAGUGCCUUCAAUGCUAAAGGCUCAGAAAUUUUCUUAAACCAACUUCAUGUCCUAUGCAAGUGUUUUUUCUACAACCUGCAUAACCAGUACUUUGUAAAACUUGUUUACGCUUCAACUGUACAUAUUGGUUUUUUAAAGAAAAUAUAGUAUUUUUAUUUAGGUACCUCUAGAAUUGAAUUCUAGUCUUGUGUGAUGCAUUGUAAAACAAUACAUUUCUCUUUUGAGUACCAUUACAGUUGUAAAAAGGUUUUCACUGGUUCUAUUUUUCUACUGUUGCUGAGAAGCAUGUUAACACUGACUUUAUCCUACAUAUAGUUGGCAUUUCAAAUAAAUGGCUUGUCUAGAAAAAUGAA